CAAUUGCUCAUCUAUAAAAUCAUACUAUAAUCAAUGAAGUUUUGGCUCGACAUAGAAAAAUAGAAAAAUUCACAAAGAAAAAUGUGCAGCUUAGAGAAAAGAGGCAAUGUAUACAUACUAACACUCACCAGCGACGAUCAACACCGCCUCAAUCCCACACUCCUCGACGCAAUCUCCGCCGCGCUUCACCGCGUUCGCUCCGAAACAAUCGCCACGUCAUCAUCAUCAGCUCUCAUCACUACUUCUCAAGGCAAAUUCUUCUCCAACGGAUAUGAUCUAGACUGGUCCUUAUCCGAUCCAAACCGUCCGAAAAUCAUGUCUCUCAAGUUCCGAUCAGUGAUCAACGAUCUCCUAUCACUUCCGAUGCCGACAAUCGCGGCCGUCACCGGUCACGCAUGCGCGGCCGGCGCAAUACUCGCGCUCAGCCACGACUACGUGUACAUGCGUAAAGACAGAGGAUUCAUCUACAUGAGCGAGGUGGACGUAGGCUUGAAGUUACCGGCGUCGUUCGUGACGGUGCUGAGGUGUAAAAUAGGAUCGCCGGCGGUGUGGAGAGACGUAGUGUUACGAGCGGUGAAAAUGACGGCGGAGAUGGCGGUGGAGAAGGGAGUGAUAGAGGCCGCGUGUGAGAGUGCGGAGGCGACGGUGGAGAUGGCGGUGGAGCUGGGGGAGGAGUUGGUUAAGAGGAGGUGGAAGGGACACGUGUACGCUGAUAAUAGGUUGACGCUAUUCGGUGAUGUGAUCAAGGGGAUGGAGGUUGAUGAGAUUGUUGAGAAUGUUGAUUUGAAUCGUGUGAGGAACAAUAUGGCUCGAUUAUAACUUUUUUUAUAUAAUAAUGAUAUUAAGAAUUUUCAAAAAUAAUAAAUACUUGCAUGCUCA